UCGAGGGUGCUGGCCGGAGCUGCACCUGUGGCACGGCCGCCUGCAAGGGGGCGUCGCGCCAGGGGCGCCGUCGGGGGGUGUGUGUGUGUGUGCUCUCCUCCCUCCCGCGGCGCCUCCCCUCGGCGGGUCAGUCCGGCCUGCCUGCCUGCCUGCCCGCACGGAGCCCCCCGCGGCGGCGCGCACCAUGGCCGGCCCGCUCCUGCUGCUCCUGCUCCCGCAGCUGCUGCUGCUGCUGGGGCGCCCCGACGGCAGCGCCGCCCGCCCGGGGCCCGCCUGGCCGCAGCAGAUCCGCUGGCGCAGCCACGGCCGCCUGCACCGGCUCCUCAACAGCGCCGCCCGGCUCCUGCCCCCGCGCGCCCCCGCCGCCCAGCGCCUCCACCUCAGCCACGCCGCCGACGCCCCCCGGGGCCCCUUCCCCGACGACGGCUCCGGCACGGCCGCCCCCGACGCCGCCGCCGCCCCCCCGAUCUGGGCCCGGAACUCGUCCGGCGGCGCCUCCCGGGCAGGGCUCCCGGCCGCCCUCCUCGACGGCUCCGGGGGCGCCAGGGGCGAGCGGGGCUGGCCGGAGCCGGGGGGCAACGACGUCCGAGGGGGCCCGCCGUCGCGGGGUCCCAGCGCGGGAGGCGGCCGGCCGGGGGGACCCUCCGGGGACGACCCCCGGAGCCCCUUCAAGACCAGGAACAACAUCUUCUACAACCCGUCCCCCAGCGGCAGGCAGCGCGUCCCCGGGGGGCCCCCUGGCAGCAGGAGACCCGGCUACGGGACCAGCUACUUCCACAAUGGCCUUCCGGAUCUGAUCCCCGAUCCGUACUACAUCCAAGCCGCCACCUACGUCCAGCGUGUCCAGAUGUAUGCCUUGCGAUGUGCAGCGGAGGAAAACUGUCUUGCCAGAUCUGCCUACCGACCAGGAGUGAGUGACAUAAGCUACCGAGUCCUCCUUCGUUUUCCCCAAAGGGUUAAGAACCAAGGCACUGCGGAUUUCCUUCCGGUGAAACCACAACACGCCUGGGAAUGGCACAGUUGCCAUCAGCAUUUCCAUAGCAUGGACGCCUUUAGCAACUAUGAUCUCCUGGACACAGUCACCCACCGCAAAGUGGCCGAGGGACACAAGGCUAGCUUCUGCUUGGAGGACACAACAUGCGACGUGGGUUUUCGGCGAAGAUACGCCUGCACCGCUCACACGCAGGGUCUGGGCCCUGGCUGUUAUGAUACGUAUGCUGCCAAUAUUGACUGCCAGUGGAUCGACAUCACAGACGUCCCUCCGGGCAAUUAUAUCCUGAAGGUAGGGGUGGGUUCUGCAGCUGGCGAGUGGGGGAAUGGGAUAGAUGCAGCCACCUACCUUGCCUUCUCGCCCCGCCCCCUCACCCCCUCGCCCCGCCCCCUCGCCCCGCCCCCGCCCCCUCGCUUCCUCGCCCCCUCGCCCCCCCAGGGCAGAGAGCCAUCCAGUCUAGUUGGAGCCAUCCAGUCUACCCUGUUUCUCCGAAUAUAA